AUGGCUAACAACAAACGUGAAAUCAUCCAAGAUGAUGAAACUUCAAGUGUGGAAGAAGGCAACCCUAACAUCAUGCAACUUUGUUGUUCAUCAAAUCAAACUAUAACAUUAAUACAAAAGGUGAUUGCAGAAAUCAUUGGAACAUAUUUUGUAGUAUUUGCUGGGUGUGGUGCUGUAGCAGUGAACAAGAUCUAUGGUUCUGUCACAUUUCCAGGGGUUUGUAUAACAUGGGGACUAAUUGUAAUGGUCAUGUGUUACUCUGUUGGUCAUAUCUCCGGCGGCCAUUUCAAUCCAGUUGUUACCAUUACUUGGACCCUCUUUCGCCGAAUCUCAAUUAAAGAGGCUCCGUUGUACAUUUUCGCUCAGUUGCUCGGGGCGACACUUGCAAGUGGCACAUUAUCUAUGAUGUUUGAUAUCUCGACCAAAACUUAUUUUGGAACGGUGCCUGUAGGAUCAAAUGGUCAAUCUUUAGUUGCUGAAAUCAUCACCAGUUUUCUCUUGAUGUUUGUCAUUUCAGCGGUUUCCACAGACGAAAGAGCGGUGAAUGACUUGGCAGGUGUUGCAGUUGGAAUGACUAUAAUGUUAAAUAUGUUCAUUGCUGGGCCUGUAUCUGGAGGUUCUAUGAACCCAGCAAGAAGUAUUGGUCCUGCACUUGUGGUACAUGUUUACAAAGGGUUAUGGAUAUACGUGGUUGGUCCAAUUGUCGGCGCCAUAGCCGGAGCAAUUGCCUAUAACCUUCUUAGAUCGGUAGGCAAGCCGAAUUCAGAGUUCGCCGGAGAAGAGCCGUUGAGGAACAUAAUUGUAGGUUGA